GGUAAGGUCGUUCUCAUUCACCAACUCGACCCGCCAUUUCAACCAACGACCGGUCCUUCAUCAAAUUUAACUCUCUCUCUUAUCCGUAACAUGGUCUUCGUUCACAACUCCACCAUCUUCUAUUACAUCCUCGAUCAACGACGAUUCCCGCCCGUCGGUAUCCCAACGAUGAGUCAUCAAAUGCUGUCUUUCAUAAAGGGAGAUCUCCUCCCGAUAAGGCAGGGUGGGGGGGGCAAUCCCGGGGGCAAUGACAGUCUCAUUGUGCCUGAGGUGAUCAGCUACUGGUGGCCGUACGAUACUCCGGACGGGAGCCCGAUCUCCACGCCGGUUCUCUUCAACGCAUCCGAGAACGGGAGUGAUCUGGCGCUCGUGCACGGCAUGGAGAUCACCGGAUCGGGAUCCCAUCUUGUCCUCUCCACCGUCCGGAGAGAACCUAACCACCUCCCCGGGGCAUCGCGAUUAACCUUCCUGUCCGUCGGCGAUGGAAGACGGAACUCCACCCUCUUACCUGCUGCUGAUCGGCUCUGGGAUCUAUCUUACAACCCGCCAAAGACCGAUCUGCUCAUGAUCGACAAGCAGAAACCGGCCCGCCUGCUGUCCAUCCCCGUCGAUGACGAUGGCAUGCCCGUCAACGCCUCAGCGUUGACCAUCGUCAAAACGUUCUUGUCAUCGUCGGGAUCGGACAGUCUCGAGGAGGUUGACAUGAGCCGCCAGUGCUUUGUAUCGAAAGGAAGUUGUAUGUACUUCCGUGAGGAGACACGUGGCAUGCUCUACGCCAUUGACACCAAGUCGACUUCCCGCCGAAUAACACACAUCGCUGGAGGUCCUGGAAGCGAUCCUCUCGGGGAUGGACCGACCUUGAACGCCUCCUUCUCCGAUCUUCGAGAUAUGGUGGUCACUCCCGACGGGUGUAAUAUCUUUGUCUCCGAGCUGGAAGGCUAUGUCCGCUGGAUAAAGCUGAAUGUUCCAUGCCAGGCGGGAGGGAUGGUGGAGACCGUAGCGAGGCACAACAGCGCUCGUCUGUGGGGCUUGGCUCUGCACGACUACGCCGGUCGAUUAUACCUUUACGUAGGAACCGACGAUGGUCGCCUUUUCGAGCUGGAAAUCCAGCAAUCCCAUCUGCACUCCUGCCUGUCUUUUCAAGGUACGACCAGCUCCAAAGGCUCGCCGAUUUCAACCCCCCCACCUUCUGGAAUCCAACCUGAAGAACGCGGGGGGAGGAGGAAGACAGGACUCACGGGAGGCAGCAGUCUGUCCCCUCUAGAGCGCAACGUCCGCCUUGUCAUUGCUAUCCCUGCCUGCGCUCUUCUCAUCACGGCGGCCAUAGCUGGCGUGCAAGUGAUGGUCUGCUGUAGACAAAAACGACCUGGAUCGGGACCUCGAUCAGGACCUGGAUCGGGACCCGGAUCUGUUACCGAUCAACGGCAGAGUACCUCCUCCUCCGCAUCCACGUUGGACGGCACUCCGCCGUCCGCCGACGAGUCGGAGAAGGGAUCUCGAUCUCACGACGAGAGCGCAACCAAUCAAGCUAAGGCUAAGGCUAAAGUAGUGCAGUUUCCUCUGAAGAUCCUCUCCCGCUCUUGUUCCAACUUCAGCAAGAGGAGGCUUGUUGGGGAUGCGGGCGCGUUCGGCGAAGUCUAUCACGGAGUGAUUGAGGGGAGAGAGGUGGCGCUGAAGGUGAUGACAGGCGAGCUAACGAUCAGUAAACGGAGAAUGUUCAUGGCGGAGGUCAGCACCCUCACCGUGCUUCGUCACGAUAACCUCAUCCGUCUCUUAGGCUAUUGCCAGGAGAAGAACAGAGCGAUUUUGGUCUAUCCAUACAUAGCCGGCGGGAGCCUGCACGCUAGGUUGUUCCGCAGGGAGAACUUGGGUGCAGUACAGCAACCUCCUCCUCCUCCUCCUCCGUCUCCUUCUCCUCAUCCUCAUCCUCCUCGCCGUCCUCCACUUACCCUGAUCGAGCGCGUGCGGAUUGCACUUCAGAUUGCGAAGGGAGUCUGGUACCUCCAUGAGGGGACUGGUACUCCGGUUAUCCAUCGUGACAUCAAGAGUAGCAAUAUCCUGAUCGACGACGGACCGAAUGGCAGGUUGCGCGCUGUCGUUGCAGACUUUGGUCUGGCAAAGAUCGUGGAGCACCUCCUCGGUGUGACUUAUAGGGAGCACGUGUGGACUUCACAGCUCGCGGGAACGUUCGGGUAUAUGGCGCCGGAGUACGUAUUGACAGGUCGCUUGUCCGCUAAGAACGACGUGUACGCGUUCGGUGUGAUCGUCCUGGAGUUGCUGACCGGGCGGAGGGCCGUCACUCAGGCGUCUUCUGCCAAGGAGUGUGUCGCACAGGGGUUUGCUGACAAGGAGUGUGUCGCACAGGGGUUUGCUGACAAGGAGUGUGUCGCACAGGGGUUUGCUGACAAGGAGUGUGAGGCAGAGAGUUUUUCUGACAAGGAGUGUGUGGCAGAGGGGGUUUCUGACAUUCGCGAGUGUAUGGCGCUUGCAGAGUGGGUGCGGCUUUCCCUCGACGGCCAGAGGAGCUGCCGAGGUAGCCUGAUUGCCUCUCGAAUGCCCGAGGGGGUUACCGACCCCUGCUUGAGAGCUGGCGGGCUGUCAGCUUCUGCGGAGAGGCAAAGGGUGGUAGCAUCCCAGGAGGGAAAAGGUAAUGGAGGGGGUGAUGGGAAAAUGAUGGGGGAAAAGGGCGCCAGUCGUCGAAUGAGCGAGAGCUUCCCUCUAGAGAUCCUGGACCCUUGCGUCAGAGGUGAGGUAUCGACGUCUGCAGAGAGGAGAAUGGUGAUGGAGAUGUUUCGACUAGGAUUGGCGUGCACAGAGGAACACGAUGCCGCGCGACCGGCGAUGAGUGCAGCGGUGGAGACUAUUCGCGCCAUACUGGGAAAUGUGACGGGUGCAGUUGGAUCGGAUCUCGAUGACUAAUUAACUCGUUGACUAAUUAACUACUAAUUAGUAUCGUUUACGGCAACACACGCUGGGACAGGAGGAACAUAUUUCACAGUCGUUAUUGCAUCCUUGUUGGCAGUUGCUGGUUGUUAGAGGGCAGCGCUCACCGGUCUCAGGGUAAGCCUGCGCUCAAUCUACUGCCAUCCCCUACCUGGCCUACUGUACUUUAGCUCAACCUGGGAAAGUCUAUUGUAGUAUUGUACCAUCCGAUCCUUAUCGUGGUCAGCUCACGUCGC